UCACCGGGUCACGGCCGGAUAUUCUCCGCUGGCACCUGGCGAUCUCCGUGUAGAACUAACAGGGGAGAGACCUCAAGGGCAUGCUGCUGUGUAUUUCUCUGCACAACAGAGAAAUACAUAGCAGCAUGUCUCCCUAGUAACACAGACACAGCAAAUCAUACAGCACACUGUUAACCCUUUGAUCGCCCCAGAUGUUAACCCCCUCCUGCCCAAAGUCAUUAGUACAGUGUCAGUACUUUUUAUUAGCACUGAUCACUGUAUUAGUGUCAUUGGGAUGUCAGUGGCAGUUAGUCAGUUCCCCCCCAGUUUCAGAAUGCCCUCCACAGUCCCGCUAU